AGCCCUUCCCCUCCACGCAUUUUUAUUUGUGGUACCCGUGUGUGUGUGUGUGUGUGUGUGCUUUUCCGUUCUGAAACAAAGCCGCGUUGGCGAGAACCCGUGUCUUUUGACUCGACGCUUUCCUUUCCUGCCACCCACUCCUACAUCUAUAUCUCUAAUUAGACUGUUCAGUGCGUCAGAGCUCAGGGACUUCUCUCCGCCAUUUUGUUUUUCCCCUUUGUCAUCACUAGCUUAUUAAUAUCUACACCACUCCCACCCACACAUUUUUAGAGUCGAAAUGCCUCCGCGUUCGUCAGCGGCUGCACGUAGCACUGGUGGUGAUGGCACCGCGUUAUCGGUGUCUACCCGUGCCCGGCAGGACCCACGUCGUCGCAUCGGCAACGGCAACGCCGUGGCGGGUGGGUUAGACCUCAGCCGCGUCGGCGUGCUCAGCGACCGCGAGCUCGCCUUCUUUCACCGCCUAGCCUGUGCGAGUGCGCAGAGCGCGGAACAGCGGCGGCUCGACGCCCGCCGAAGCGAGGAAGAGCGCCGCCGGGAGUUGUCGAAGGCGCGGACGGCAACCUGGCCCGACACGAUCGAGGCGCGUCACGACCUUUUUUUGAAGACGCAGCAGGAUGCGAAGGACGCGGCGGAGGCGCGGCAGCGGGUGCUGGAUGAGUUGUACGCGGAGCAGCUGAAGGAGGAGCGGAACGCGAUGAUCGCUCGGCAGGAGUUAGCGCAGUUGAAGGAGGACCCGCGCGGCAGCAACGCGCGAUCGAUGACGCUGCUGCACGAGACGUUGAAGGGCCGGGCGGAGCAGGUGGCGUACAAGCAGCACUGCAAGCAAGAGGAAGAGGCGGCCGCGGCGGACACGCAGCGGCAGCUGCAGCUGCAGGCGUGGGGAGACCAAACCGAAGCGAUGCAGAAGAAGCUGGCGGCCCGGCAGCGCAACAUGGAGGAGAAGAACACGAACCUGGAGACGGUGCUGUACCAGAUCAACGAGCUCCGGCAAGCGCGUGCGGCGGAGAAGCAGGAGGGCGUGCGGGUGGCGCAGGAGGCGGCGGAGGAGCGCGCCGAGCAGGCAGCGGAAGACGCCGAGCGGCGCGCACGUGAGUUGGAGAACGGUGAGUUCAACAAGUCGCACGCGCGAACCGCCCUGACGAAGUCGCAGCGCCUGCAGGAGCGGCUCGCCGACAACAAGCAGAACGAGGCCGCCAUGCGCGCAGAGGAGGCGCGGCGCGAUGGGAUGAAAGCGUGGGUGAUGGAGAAGCAGCAGCAGAAGCGCGACGCCUUCGAGAGGCGGAAGGAGACCGCGCUGCUGCAGCAUCUCGAGGAGGCGGUCCCAGAGAAGGCCCCGACCUACCGCACACAGGACGUGUUUGAGCAAAAAGGGCAGAGCUUCCUGCAGAGGAUGCACGACGGCGACGUGCAGCGGCGGGAGCAGGAGAAGCAGCACCGCAGUGAGCUGCAGCGAGAAAUGGAGGAGAGGGCGAACGGCACGUCGUCGAACGCGCAGUCGCGGCACCACGGCGCAGCCACCACCGCUGGUGGCUUCCUCAACGCAGAAGAAGAGCGCGCCUACGCAGCCGAGAUGCGGCGCUACCCGGAGCAGAUACGAGCACAGGAGGCGCAGGAAGCAGCCGCACGUCGCGCCGAGGCGCAGCGGGUUGAGGAAAUCCUGAAGCUGCAGGCGGCGGAGAAGCGCGAGAACGCGCGGCGGGCCAUCGAGGCGCGCCGUGAGGAGGCCCGUCAACAGCAAGGGUGCCAGGCGCUGGAGGAUGCGCGCUAUGGGGAGUACAUUGACUCCAUCGUGCCUGCUGACAUGGAUCCUGUUCUGUACCGCAAGGCAAAGCAACUGCAGUAA